AUGUCAGGGGUGGGUGGUACUUCCGAGGCCGGACUCCUGAGCUCCUACAUGGAUGCAUGGAGUGGCGUGGCCAAGGAUCAGGCCAGGAAACAUCGCAAGGAGCCGACAGCCCAGCAACGCCGCGAAGCGGUGCAGCUUGCUCUGGAGAAGUGGACUCGUGGUGCGACCCAAGGCCUUUUACACGAGAUAUUGCGGUUGUGGCACAAGCGUUUUGUGAAGCGUAACCGCCAUGCUUGGCUGAUGAGCAACUACUUGGUGAAAUGGGAAGAGCAAGCUAAGGUGGGCAUUGCACACACUUGCUAUGUGGCGUGGAAGAAGGUAGCAGACGCUUCAGCGCGAAAGCGCUUGAUGGAGCACGGGAAGGAAAAUGUGAAGCUGGCCGUGGAGAAGUUCCUGCUGGGAAACUUGCGAGGGCUUGUCCGCGAAGUGGUGCGAGAGUGGUAUAAAGCCUCAGUGGAACGACGGCAAAAAGUAGAUCUGGUGAAGAAGAGCCUUGUUGCGUGGGAGGAGGAGACUGGAGUUGGCAUCCUCAAAACGUGCACGGCUGCAUGGAAACGCUUAGUCGAUGCCAUUUCAAUCCACCGGAAUCGUGAGCAUGGAAAGGAGGCCGUGAAGCUUGCUUUGGAAAAGUGGGAGCGUGGUGACCAGAAAGGCCUGUUGCACGAAGCCAUCACUGAGUGGCAUAAGUUGGCCGUGGUCCGGGGCCGUAAAGCUGCCAUGAUGAGCAACUUCUUAGUAUCCUGGGAGAUGGAAGCUGAAGUUGGACUGCUUCAUACCUGCCAUGCUGCGUGGCGCCGACUGGCACAGGCGAAUGCCCGCCAGCAAGCCAAGGAGCGGGGAAGAGAAGCUGUGCAGGUGGCGUUGGCCAAGUGGGAACGAGGCAAUGUUGAAGGCCUCCUGCAGGAAAUUGUCCGCACGUGGCAUCAUGCCAGCGCCAAGGGCCGUCAAAAGGCCAAGUUGCUGGAUCGAUGCCUGAUAGCGUGGGAGAGCAAGGCCGGAGUAGCCCUUCGCGCCACUUUCUUGGCAGUCUGGCGCCAAACUGCCGCGGCCAACUCCAACGAGCGCAGAAAGAAGCAAAGCCGUGAAGCCGUCGAACUGGCGCUGCAAAAGUGGGAACGGGGCAACGUGAGCGGGCUCCUCCAUGAAUGCUUGGACCAGCCAGUGGCACCGGCUUGCUGCGAAGCGCAAGCAGCAGGCAGUUCGGAAGGAGCGCCUGAAGAAGCCGCAGCCUCGGGUGUUGCACCGGAUUCAUGGUGUUUCCGCAUGAUUUUAUUCUUGUGGCUUCCGGCAUCAAAUACCUGGCAGUGUUCGAUUGGUGCUUCUACGGUGCUGAGGAAGAGCCAAGAAGCCGUACACCUGGCAAUGCAGAAGUGUGGCAGCCUAGCUUUGCUCGAGGUCAUUCUUGGCCCCACCGUCCUGAGCAUGUCAGUCACGCAUGUUACAUGUUAUGCAGAGAACAAUCGGGCGAACGGGGUCCUGGAGGAACAGACUCUUGCUUGCAUUGGUGAGAUCGCUCAGGCACGCUGUCAAGCACGUCGUGCAGCCCGUGCAGGCAGCAGCGUUGGCUUCACUGAGGCUGAGCUGGAGGCGGCACAAUGGGCCAGGAAGCUACCAGAAGUUCAAAUCCAGAUCUCCAGGAGGACCAAUGGUGACCUACGAGGAACGAGAUCGAAAGGCAUCGUAGCAACAUCUCGUAAACCCUCUGCUGAAGUGAAGCCGGCAUCGGCGUCCCUUGACCUGGACGAAGAGUUUCUGACGGAGCUUGCUGAAAGAAAGCAGCGGGAAAGAGAAAAGAAGGAACGCAGAGAAGAACGAAAGCAGAAGAAGGAACGAAAACACAAAAAAGAGGAGAGAUCUGAGAGAUUUGAAGGUAAAGGAGAAGGAAAAAGUAUAGAACCCGUGGGAGGGUCGAAAGAUGGAAAUGAGCGCACGGAGCGCACGGAGCGCCAGGAGAAAGGUGCAGAGAAGACUCGCCCAAGCAUCGCCAAAGUGGCUGAAGAAAAAUCACCGCCUCUCAUGGAGAACCAGAUAGAUCCCAUUGUCGCUGAGGUAAGGGGCAUAGACAAGCCCGAAGAGAAAGAUGAGAAAGUGAAGUUGUACAAGAAGGAUAAGAAAGAAAAGAAGGAGAGAAAGAGAGAAAGAAGAGAAAGGAGAGAAAGAAAGGAGAAGGAAAGGCGAGAGGAAAAGGAAAGAAGGGAAAGAACCGGAGAAAAAGAUCCUGAGGAGCCAGAAGCUGGAGACUCCCGAAGCAACAAAGAUGCAAGAAACAGACAAACCUCUGCUCCUGAGCCUGGAAGCCUUGAGGCCAAAGCUUUGGAAAUGAAGAUGCAGCGAAAAAUGGCCAGGCAGAUGCGCCGAGAGCAAAGGCAGUUGAAACGGGAAGAGCACGAGCGAUUGAGACAGGAAAUCGCGGCAGCAGAUGGCUGGCAAGAUGCAAUCGGCCAACUCAUUGAGGCUGCAGAGGCCCAAAGCCGAGAAUACGCAGCUGCAAAGGCUGCAAUGGCCACGGUGAUUGACGUGAACGACAGGACAGAUGCAGCGGCGGAUCCAACAUCCGACGGUCCACGACCGUUGCGCACGCUGGAGCAGCUCGUGAAGGAGCUCGAUGAGCUCGAGAGGUUGAAGAAAGAGGCCAAGAAAGGGUCAAAGGCAGCGGCAGGCGAAACCGCCGAAGCCGCCGAGGCUGGCGCUGAAGGCGCGACGGUGCCGGGCGACGGCGAAGGCACACAGCCGCCGCAGCCGCCGCAGCCGGUGCCGAAUGACCCGCUGAAUCCUCUGAACGCCGCCUACGACAUGAGAGCCUAUGCCUUGCUGCGGAAGCUGCGGCUGGAUGAAGAGCAUCAGAUUUCCCAGAUAGCUUUGGACGAGCCCGAUUGGGACCAUUUGGGCUACCUGCGACGCUCUCCGUCACCCUGCCGUUUACGCACCAACGGCGCAAUGUGGCCAACUCGCAGGGGUGCAUGGCGUAGCCGCGCUGGUGGCGUCUACUUACCCCCAGAGGCAAACAUCGAACGGCAGGGGUCACCGAGUCUUAGUCCAGCACGGUGGAUGUAUCCUGAAGAGUUCAACCGACCUUUGCAGUGGAAGGCCCUGAUGAAGAAGGACAGGGCCAAGAACGGGGUGGAGCUCAUGAUCCAGCGUUGGGCUCGUGGAGAUACAGUAGGACUUCUUGCAGAGAUCUUGACACUGUGGAAGCGGCUCCUGGAUGAACGCAAAAAGUCGGCCAGACGAGAUAGAGCGCAUCAGGCUGUCAACAUGUUGCUACACACCUGGCGGCGACCUGGGCCCCAGGGAGUGGCUGCCUGCGCAAUCUCCGCAUGGAGCCGCUACGCAGCCAAAAACAGAGGACGCACUCGCGCCCGCCUAGCUAUGGAGCAACAGGUCAAGCGCUACUUUCUUAGCAAAGUGGAUGCGAUGCGCGGAGUGGUGUUUGCAGAUUGGCGACAGGCUGCACGUCGAGGAAAAGCUCAUGGAUCCGUCGAGGUCAUCCUGAAACAGUGGGAGAUGGGCUCUGCCCGUGGGUUGCAGGUGGUGGUUGGCAUCCUAGCUGCCACGACGGGGAAGUUUCACCCUACGACGCAGCAAAGGACGUCGCAGGACGUCGCAGGUUGUCGGAUGUCGCCGGUGUGUUGUGGGCCCUGCCAGUGGUAUCCAGUGGUGAUAGGUUGCAUUGCUUGCGGUUGA